AUGUUUCAGUCGAGCUCCAGCCGUGCUAACCGUACGCAGAAGAAGCCGUACUCGGCCGUGACCGUCACCAUCGAGAACCUCACCUCCGAGUCGUACGCCGAAGAAGACCUCAGCGGAAUCCCGGACCUCGUCGAAGUCAUCAAGCUCCAAGCGUCUGGUCCAACCGAAGCAGCGCGCGCCAUCCGCAAGAAACUCAAGUACGGCACUGUCCACAGGCAGAUUCGAGCCUUGGUGCUGCUUGAUGGACUUGUCCAGAACGCAGGCUCGCGGUUUCAGCGCGCCUUUGCGGACGAGCCGCUGUUGGAGCGUCUCCGGGUCUGCGGCUCGUCGGAUUUGUCUGACCCUGCCGUCAAGAAGAAGUGCCGGGAGCUCUUCCAGGAGUGGACACAGUACGCAGCCGUCCCAGGGUUGGAGAGGGUUGCGCGACUGUACAAGGAACUUCCCAAGCGCAAAGUUGCCAUGACGCAGGAGAGGUCCAGGGUCAUUCAGGAGACAGAGAACCCGUUUGGUGACGAGGAGGAGGAAGAGGCGGAGCGAGCCACAGAGCAAAGGAAACAGGGCAAGCCUGGGCCGUCGGAAAUGUAUCAUUCUGGCAGCGCUCUCGACACGUACGGCGGCGGCGGCGGCAGUGGACAUAAAAAGUCCAAGGCCAAGCGCAGAAGCGGCCGCAAAUAUAACCUCGAGGCGGAGCAGGCCAAGAUGAAGUCAGUCAUUGCGGAGUCAUCCUUGGCGUCGACGGCGUUGAUGAAUUCCCUGCAGACUAUCAAUCGUGAGAGGGAGAGGAUCUCGGAGAAUAGAGCCGCGGCACAACAUUUCGACGCUUGCAAGCAGCUUCGAAGGAGAAUAUUGCGAUAUAUCCAUCAAGUUGAAGGCGAGCAGUGGCUGGGCGCGCUGCUGCACGCCAACGACGAACUUGUUUAUGCUCUGAUGGCAUAUGAGCAGCUUGAUCACUCAGUCGAAGCAGAUAGUGACUCUGAUGACGAACUGGCAGAACAAGCUCACAGGUACCGAAUGAUGACGCAGAAAGCUCAGGCAGACCGAGCAGAUGCAAAAAACGUUCCGGAUCUGUCGGAGCUCAGGCUCGAUACCGCUGCUAAGCAAGCGCCUGCUAGGCCCCCUCGUCCUACGGUGCCAGCAAGACGGUUAUCAAGCGCAACGAGUGAGGAGGAUGAAGUCGACGACGACGACGACGACGACGACAAUCCGUUUGGUGAUAAGAACGUGAUUCCUACACCGGCAGCUGAUAAGGGAGACUCACGUUGGUAG